AUGGAAAUACCUUUAAUGAUCAUACAUCCACCGAUGUAUCAAACCCGUAUAAAAACAAUCGAAUGCAGAAUCAAUAGUUUGAUGCAAGAUCUUGGAUUCUGUUUGUCUUCAAACGAUUGGUACGGCACUGAGCAUGGAACCUACGACGACGACAUCACAUUCGAGCCCAUCAGUAUCCCUUAUUCAACCACCAGUCUACUGUCGUCCCGACGAACACUGCCAAGUGGAGAUGAAUUCUUAAGGUUGCUCAGAUUGAGUGACCGAUUACCUAAUUUACAUUACUAUGAGUCUGAGACGAAAGCAAUCCCUUCAUGCCAAACGAUAUCGUUGGAAGAAUUCUUUGAACCUCUCACCUCCAACUAUUGCGAUCAACAAUACUUGUAUUUGCAGCUUCAAGACACCCUCAUCGAUAUCUUCAGUUCACGUCAUGUUGGCUGCUACCAAUUGUAUAUUGGCGACCAAGAGGUGACUUACAUAAUAGGUUACCUCGCUCCCAAUACCAAAGACCAAACCACUGGCUGGUUGGUGGGACUAAAGCUGCGCACUGACUGUCUGUAA